GCACAUCGCAAUUUACGCACCGAGAUGGCGGUAACACUGGGCAAGAGAAAGCGACCCGCUGAACAAAAGCGUACAAGAUCAGUCAAGCAAGAACGCGAACCCGAUGAAGAUGAUGCGACGACUCGAGAAAUGCUGAAGAAGGCUUUCGAGGCGAAAUUUGCGCCUCUCGAAGUCCAGCCAAUUGAGAGCUCCACAGCAGCAGACAGCGAUGAUCAAAAUGAAGAUGACAGCGAUGCCGAAUCUGAUUGGAGUGGCCUCACCGGCAAAGAUGAAGAAGAACGCGUCGAAGUGAUAGAGCACGCUGUACCGACAAUCGACUCCAUCUUCGAUGGCUCUGCCAAGAAAUAUCUAUCUUCGAAGCCGCCGACGCUAGGAGACGACGACGAGUCGACCAUGAAGCAAGCAUCGAAGUCGACCAAAUCCAAGACGGGAGAUCAUGAAGAAGAUGGAUCGGAGGCCACAAAUCUCAAACAUGACUUGGCCUUGCAACGUCUGCUGAAAGAAUCACAUCUUCUUGACGCAUCCUCAUUCUCAUCAUCCACAGCACCAGAAGGCAAAUCCCGUGUCAAAGCGCUUGACAUGCGGCUCCAAGAUCUCGGUGCCAAGACUUCGGCUCUGCAGCAAGAUAAAAUGCCUAUGCAUAUUCGGAGGGGCAUUAGUGGCAAAGCCGCGAGUCGAGAAGCGAGUAGGCGGAAAGAAGCGGCUGAGAAUGGCGUGAUUCUGGAGAAGGCGAGGAUGAACGCUCCCAAAGCCCAACAGAAGCGGAGGGAGAGAGGUGUAGGAGGUGUUGGAAUUGGAAGGAUGAGUGGCAGUACACUGAAGUUGAGUGAUAGGGAUGUGAGAAGUAUCGAGGGCAGAAAGAGCUCUGGUACGGGAAGAAGAGGUGGGAAGAGGCGAUGAGCUCCUCAAGCAGCAGUGUCGAAUUGAGCAGCGCACCAAAGGUCCCUCAGCUGGAUGCGAUGAGCCUUGACUAGAGCCAGCUCUUCACAAAUAUCGACCAAUUCUCUCUGGCGAACGGACCAGUAAUACAUCAGUGCCUCCCACAAUGGUCUUGCUUCGCAGCGGCGACUGGGUUUCGCCGAUCUGGAUGCGCUGGAAUCGUUCAACCCCAACAAAGACAACUGAGCUGAGCGAGUCUGCCAGGAAAGCGUGUGAUGGGCGUUCGCUCUGCAGUCGACUGCGUGUGCAUAUUGCGAACAAAUACGCACACUCGACUCCCCAAGGUCCAACAUUCUCGGCACAUCGAUGGAGAAUUGACUUCAUGCACAGAGCUGCCGCAUGCUAGGGGCUCACUGCAGCUUGGGCACUCUUGUGUCUUGUGCGCAGUAUUUGCUGAUGUCAGGCAUAAGAUCAGGCACAUGGGCGAUGCGCCAAGCACAGGAAGAACUUCUACCGAAGUACCAGCGUGACACAGGAGGUAACAUUUUCCGCGACAGAAAAUGCUUCAUGGAGCGCAACAAUGGGAAAUAUGAACGCACUUAACAAACGCCAAGUGUUUCUCAUCUACCCAAAGCACGAGAAGUUGUAGAACGGCGCUAUGUUUUCUAUAUUGUGGCCUGGCGUGCCUGGAUGCCGGACGACAGUGCCAAGCAUUGCUGUAGCACGUUUCAGCUAGAUGGUUUGAUCCGCCUGGACUACGCUCGUUCUCAGGUUGACAGCGACCAAUUUCGGUGUCUGUCAUGGCCGGAACAUGUGGUCUGGAUCAUUGAAAAGAAACGAAUGUCCUCG